AUGACUGCUCUCCGGAACGGGAAGGGAACAACCAUCGCAUCGAGAAGGAGAAUGGAAAAAAUCAUCUACGACUUCUACUCUGAUCUCUUCGACAGCCAUGUCCACUUGCCUCCUCACCAUCUGAGGGAAGACGGACAUGUCAUUCCAAAGGUUCUCCCGCCUGAAAUACGACAUACUAUCAUGUUGGUAAGAAAUCUAACGGCACCCGGUUCCGACAGAAUAAAACCAGAACACCUGAAGAACCUUCCGCCAGUACUCAUCAACACCCUGGCGAGGAUCUUCACACGUUACCUGUCGGAAUGCAAGGUUCCUAAGCAGUGGAAGACCAGCCAGACCGUGUUGUUGUAUAAAAAGGGAGAUCCACAUGACAUCGGCAACUAUCGUCCAAUCUACCUACUGUCCGUCAUCUACAAGCUCUUUACAAGAGUAAUCCUUAAUAGGAUUGAAAAAGUCUUGGAUGAAGGACAGCCAUGUGAGCAAGCAGGGUUUCGAAAAAGAUUCAGCACUAUUGACUACAUUCACACUGUUUCGAAACUCAUCGAGGUAUCACGAGAGUACAAGAUGCCGCUCUGUAUCACCUUCAUCGACUUAAAGAAGACCUUCGACUCAGUUGAGACGGAGGCGGUCGUGGAAGCCUUGGACAACCAAGGCGUCCCUACUCAGUACAUAAAGGUACUUCGAGAGUUGUACAGUAACUUCAUGACCGAAAUUUCGCCAUUCUACAAGAACAUCAUCAUUGACGUGAAGAGGGGGAUCCGACAGGGUGAUACAAUCUCACCCAAAAUAUUCACAGCCACCCUCGAGAAGGCAAUGCGAAAGUUGGAAUGA